AUGUGUAGCUUAAUAUGGGGAAGAAAGUUGAGAAGAAGUCGAAGUGUGAAAAUAAAGGGGCAGACAUUGACUAUAGAAGGACAUAAUGGGGAAGAGGAUGUUAUGGGAAAGGUAACAUGGUUCCCAGUGCAGGAGUUAAUUAAUGGGUGGACGGAUAGCGAAUUAGAUAAAUUAACCUAUAGGCCUGAAAGGAGAGAUUCAUCUACUAAUCAGAGAUUGGGGACAUAUAGGGGACCUAAAGAAAGUUCACAGGGAAGGAGAGGAGAAAUGAGACCCAACUUUGAUUCAAGAGUAAGGGGGAGAAUGAAUUGUUAUAAUUGCGGAAGACAGGGACAUAUGGUCAGAGAUUGCCAAGAAACGAAAUGUUUUGAAUGUGGAAAAUAUGGACAUAUAGCCACGUUUUGUUCAGGAAGACGUGAUAAGCUACGAUGUGCAGGUUGUGGUCGAUUUGGUCAUAAUAGGGAGGAAUGCAAUGUGGGUAAUUUCAAAACUAGAGGCGGUUUUCCGCAGAGGGACAUGGGGCAAAGUGCUCCAAAUGUUAGAAUUAUAGAAAGUGAAAAAAAUAAAGAGGUAGGAAUACCAUUUUUGGCUGUGAAUAAAGAGCAGAAUAGAAUCUGUUUCCGUUGCCGGAAGGAAGGACAUGGGGCGAGAGAUUGCGAGUAUUUGUGA